UAUUACUAUCACGAAUACAAUAUUAUUAUUCGCAGGCAUGGAACUUCCAAGUUUUGACUUUGAAGUUUGUAGUUAGAUGUUAGAACUCAUAAAGUCCACACAGCUUAACAAUACUUAGAGAAGACAAAAUAUACAAUACUUAUUCAGUCUUUCUAUGCGAUACAACCACGUAUCGCAAUUAGAAUACAAUUGUCGAGUUCGUUAAAACGAUGAAAAUUGAAUCGGACUUUUUGCCGGAAAAACAAUGUAUCGUCAUCGAUAUUGGAACCAAAUACACAAAAUUUGGAUUUGCUACUGAACAUUCACCUAGAUGUAUUAUACCUACUCUUUGUGAAAUCGAUGGUUCGCCUAUUCCUGACAUAUAUAAAUGUAAAGAUGUACAGACACUUACAUUAGCUCUAACGAAUUUCAUUCAUAUGCUAUUUUACAAAUAUGCACUAGUGGCACCUAAAGAUAAAAAAGUAAUAAUUGUUGAAUCAUUAUUAUCACCAACAAUAUUUAAAGAAAUACUUGCUAAAGUGUUGUUCAUUACUUAUGAAGUUACAUCUCUAUGUUUUGUCCCAUCACAUUGUGCUUCUUUAUUUACACUUGGAAUUUCUACCGGCCUAGUACUUGAUGUAGGAUACAAUGAAGUUAUUCUUAUACCAGUAUGUGAAGGAGUACCCAUUCUUCGUUUAUGGCAAACAAUGUCAUUGGCGGGGCAAGCUGUAGAAAAUCAAAUCAAAACUCGUAUUGAUAUAGGUCAAGUAUCUCCUGAUGAAUCGAUUGACAAUAUUGCUGAAGAUAUUAAAGCUAGAUGCUGUUUUGUGACUACAUUGAAACGUAGCAAAAUUCUAGCCACAGGUCAAAGUGUUGAACCAAAAACUACUGAUGUUGAAUAUCAUAUAAAUGGAGAAAGAUCAAUAACAAUACCUGGAGAUGUUAGGGAAACAGUCCAUGAUGUAUUAUUUGAAGAAAAUAUUGAUGAAAUGUCUAUCACCACUAUGAUACUUGAAACCAUAGUUAAUAGUAAUGUGGAUAUCCGACUAAAGCUUGCAGAAAAUAUUGUUCUUAUAGGGGGGACAGUGAUGGCCAAAGGUUUCAUGUCAAGAUUAAAAGAUGAACUUGUAGAAAAACUCAAGUGUCCCAAGUAUAACAAUUUAAAAAUCACAAAGUUCAAAUUUCAUGUAGCACCUGCUUAUGAAAAUUAUGUUGCGUGGCUUGGAGGAUCAAUAUUUGGAAGUACUAAUAAUUUGAACAUACUUUCACAAACAAGGGAAAAUUAUAUAAAUGAAAAUUAUGUUCCAGACUGGCCCACAACUUUCACCAGACAAAAAAUUGAAUAAAUCUUACUGGCAUAGAGUAAAUCAAAUCUUUUGGCACACCAUAUGAACCAUCGGAUAUAACUCCCAUUGAAACCCAGGCUCCAUCAGCAGUUCCAAACCACCAAUCGUGCAUGUGAUCAACAGCUGCUUUUGCAGCAGACAUGGCUGACAACUGUUUUCUAGAUUGAAUGACAGCGGCUUCCCUAGUUUGAAUGAUCUAAA